UCCCCCUUUCCCUGGCUCCCUAAUCACUAGGGAUCCUUGGGAAGUGCUGGACACAGGCUACUCCCAAGGCAUCAAGAGGGGAACAUGACCACCCUUUCUCCAGAAAACAGCCUCUCUGCCAGGCGGUCAGCCACCUUCAUUCUGGAGAAGAAAAACCCUCCCAUUGACAAGGCAGAAUGGGACAGCUUCUUCGAUGAGAACGGUCACUUGGCCAAGUCACGAGACUUCAUUUGUGUUAACAUCCUGGAAAGGGGACUACAUCCCCUCGUGAGGGCAGACGCCUGGAAGUUCCUUACAGGGUACUACUCAUGGCAGAGUUCCCGGGAUGAGCGGCUCAUGGUGGACAGCAACAGAAGGAGGAACUACAACUCCUUGUGCCAGAUGUAUGAGAAAAUCCAGCCCCUGCUGGAAAAUUUACAUGGGAACUUCACGGAGACUCGGAACAACAUCGUGUACGACAUUCAGAAGCUGUAUGAUAAAGAUCCCCUGGGCAAUGUGCUUAUAGACAAGAAGAAACUGGAGAAGACCCUGCUGCUGAGUUAUGUCUGCAACACAAAGGCUGAGUACCAGCGAGGCUUCCACGAGAUGGUGAUGCUUUUCCAGCUGAUGGUGGAGCACGACCACGAGACCUUCUGGCUAUUCCAGUUCUUCCUGCAGAAAACAGAGCACAGUUGUGUCAUCAACAUCGGUGUAGGCAAGAACCUGGACAUGCUCAACAACCUGAUCACUUUACUGGACCCUCAGUUUGCUGACCACCUCAAAGGAAAGGGCUCAGGAGCUGUGCAGUCCCUCUUCCCAUGGUUCUGCCUUUGCUUCCAGCGUGCCUUCAAAUCCUUCGAUGAUGUCUGGAGGCUCUGGGAGGUCCUGCUGACAGGGAAGCCCUGCAGGAACUUCCAGGUGCUGGUGGCCUACAGCAUGCUACAGAUGGUGCGGGAGCAGGCGCUGCUGGAGUGUAUGAGCGGUGACGCCAUUCUCAUGGCCUGCAACAAGCUUAUCGACCUUGAUGCGGAUGAGCUGAUCUCCGCUGCCUGCGUGGUUUAUUCUGAGCUCAUACAAAAGGAGGUUCCUCAGGCAUUAAAGGAUUUCUUUCUCUAAGGACAGCAACACUCACAAUGGAUGCAUACCCUCAAUGGACUGGAUGAAUACCAACUCUACAACUAUGGGGUCAGGAUCGAUGACUACUGGGGUGAGGGCAUAGACAAUACAGUACCAUAGAAACCA